GUGCCUAUACUAAGCUAGAGAGCAGCAGGCCACUAGACUGCAUAAGCAGAUGCUAACCAAACCAGAUAGAGUUUGCAAUUAGCAAUGAGAUUGCCCUAAGAAGUUGCUACAUGUCAGCUUGGGUGAGAAGAUUCAGUAUUAAUAAUUGUUUUAAUCAAAGUAGUUCCUUUUCCCAAUUUUACAAACAGCAUCAUAACUGCAAAAUUGACCUAGAAGCACCAUCAAGCAAAUCAUUGUUUAUGUACUAUAGAUAUAGCAUCUGAUGGUUUAAAUGUGUGAAGUGCAAGUCAUGAUACUAAAUGCUGUGGAGUAUAUAUUCUAAGUGUAAGGUAGAGUUCCUAUAACAGUCCACUUAGGGAGAGAAAACAUGCAGAUUAAAAGAUAACUAAAUUAGUUCACAGACAAGUGACAUAAAUUUAGAGAAGAGAGUUAUGGUUGUGGCCGAAAAUGCUUGAGAGGUGGAAAUUGAGUUGGUUUGGAAGGCAAUGGAGAAUGUGAGUCCUGAGGAAGCAAAUCUCUAACAUGGUAAUGAGCAAGACAUUCUAAGGACUUAAUAGAACAGCUUGGCUGGAGUACAGAGUACCUUUAGGGAAGCAAUGGGAAAUAUGGCUGGAAGGUUCAGUUGAAUCAGGAUGUAAAUAAAGCCUCCUAUUAUCAAGAGUAAGACAUCAACUUCCCUCCUUCCAGUAGGAUUACAGGAUCAUCAUUAGUCGCUCCUGCAAAAGGGAAAGCCUACUAAAAUGAUUCCUUUGUGGACCCCUUUGAACUUCUUGCUCUCUCACCUAAAUUUUCUGGUUCAGUUCAAUUCAACAAGCAUAUUAUUAAAGUGUCUACCACGUGCCCCGUGCUGUCUACAUACUGUAGACGUGAAUUUUAAAAAAUGAAACGGUCUCUACCCUCAAAUAAACUUAUAUUCUACUUGGAAGAAAUAAUUUUUACACAUAUAAAUACAAGACUUAUCAAAGUAAUUGGGAGUGGGGGUGGAUAUCAGUUAGCUGAUGGGGAAAUUCAUCUGAAAAGCCUCCUCCUGGAGAUGUGGGUGCAGAUCCCUGAGAAAUAAGAAUUGCAAGGGCUUGAGGUGAGAAAGAAUGGCAUUCCAGGCAUCAAGCAAUAAACCUAAUAUAUACCAGGCACUAUCUAAGCACUGAGUAUACAAAAAGAGAAAACACUGUUCUCAAGGAGCUUACAGUCUAAAGGAGAAGUCAACAAAAGCCCUGAAGACUGUACAAUCCUGUUGCAUGAAUUGGUGAAUAUAUGUAAUCUUACAUCAGUCUAGAAAGGUAGAUUAGAACCAAUCCGUGAACGGCUUUAAAUGUCUAACAAAGGUGUUAAUAUUUUAUUGUAAAAGCACUAGGGAACCCCUAAAGCUUCUUGAGUGUGUGUGUGUGGGGGUGUGUAUGUGUGUGAUAUGAUCGGAUUUUAAGGAAAAUCGACUGGGCAAUUUAUGUGAAGGAUAACCUUCGAAGGAGAAAGCAGGAUGCAGCUUCACAAAGCGUAAAGUUAACAAACAUGCUCGUCUUCCUUUGGUCCCUUCUUCAUAAACUAUCCCAUUUGGUGUGUGAACACAGAUCAAUAGGAUCGCAUUAACUAUAUUAAAAAAAAAAAAAUACAAUCCUCCCUGUGAUUGGCUACGCGUUUACCCAAUCCUUGGAGGCGGCAAGGCCCGCUCCUUCCUUCCGCGAUGUUAGAGGAGAUGGCGUCACACUACAGCUUCCGGCGGGGACGGGACUAGCCGUUUCCCUCCUCCUGGAGACCACAGCCGGCCGCCAUUCGGUUCACUCUAUGGUGGCCGGGGCGGGGCCGUGGUCGUGACGUCCUUGGCGCGGUGGCGGGGGAGGAAGCGGCGGGGAAAAUGGCGGACGGGAAAGCGGGAGAGGAGAAGCCGGAGAAGCCGCAGCGAGCAGGAAGCGCCGGAGGACCUGAAGAAGAGGCAGAAAAACCUGUGAAAACUAAGACUGUUUCUUCCAGUAAUGGAGGGGAAAAUUCGAGUCGCAGCGCAGAGAAGCGAUCAGCUGAAGAAGAAGCCGAAGACUUCUCAUCCAAGCCUGUGCCUGCAAAGAUAGCCAAGUUUGGAUUUGCCAUAGGCAGUCAGACCGCAAAGAAAGCACCAGUCAUAUCCAUCAAACUUGGAGCAAGUAAGCCUAAAGAAACUGUUCCAACUCUUGCCCCUAAAACCCUUUCAGUAGCAGCAGUUUUCAAUGAAGAUGAUGAUAGUGAACCAGAGGAAAUGCCUCCAGAAGCAAAGAUGAGGAUGAAGAAUAUUGGAAGGGAUACACCAACAUCAGCCGGACCAAAUUCCUUCAAUAAAGGAAAACAUGGAUUCUCGGAUAACCAGAAGCUGUGGGAACGAAAUAUAAAAUCUCACCUUGGAAAUGUCCAUGACCAAGAUGAUGACUAAAUGAUGUGUUUUGAGAUUGGGGUUAUGGGGUGGGUAUAAUGUUAAAAGGAACAGUUUCUUUUCUUUUUCUUUUUUUUUCCUUUUUUUUAAAGAAUGGUAUAAGACUAUCUUUGGAGCCACUUUUAAAAAAAUUGAGUGGUAUACUAAUAAAUGAAAGUUUGAAAUUAGAGGUAAUUUAUGUUUUAUAUACAGAUUUCGAGACAUUUGCUAAUUUUGUAGUUUCAUGUGAUUAGUUUCAAAAGGUUACAGGUAAUAAAGAAGUCAGAAAUGGUACCUUUUUAAGAAUUGCUUAUUUUUUUAGUCACAACUAUUAGCACAUUAAGGAGGAAGCAAAAGUUUACUGUCUCUUCAGUUGUUCAAAUUGAAAACAACUGUUUAACUCCAACUUUACCUAAACUGUCUGGCUCCCAAGAACAGCCUUAUAGAGGAGUGUUGUAGUGGGAGGGAAGUGUUACUGGAACAUUGAUUUGAAGAUAAUUUAAACAAAAGAGAAAUAUGACAGCUUUUUUUUUCCCUAUGGACAUUUUUUUGGUUGUUUUAAGUCAUGAACUAGGCAUUGCUAACAGCAGCUACAGAAGCUUAGCUCUUAAGAAAAACUCAUAAUUACUCUUUUGAAAUUUUAUGUAAAGUUUUUAAUAUAUGAUGUGGCCUGAUUCACCUUAACAGGGCUUGUCUUAACUUCAUUGGUUUUCAAAGGUACAAGCAUUCACUGUGGAAGUAAAUCAGUAUUUUAGAUGUGCUUCUCUGAGUUAUCGGUAUUAACAAGCUCUCCUAUAAGCAUUUCCACCAGAACUUGAGGUAAAUAUUAAGGAAGCUGUUUCUUUUAAAAAAAAAAGUCAGCCACCACCAAAAAUGUGAUUAAAAAUAUGUACAUUGUUUAAAUGCAUUUGGCUUUUUUACUUUUAAAAGAAAUGACACACCAAAAAUUCAUUAACAUUGUUGUAUAAAGUUGGUAUAAAGAUGCACUUUCUGUAUUUUUCAGAACAUUUAAAUUACUGAUUUGGUGAAAACCAAUUUGAGUUUAAGCAACAUUAAUAUUCUCAUUGUUAGGCUAGUAUAUAAUAUACUCAUUUAUGAGCCUAUUUCUUUAUAGACCACUAGCCCAUUUCAGGAACUGAAAAUACAAGAGAAGUUCAUCUUCAAAAUUAUUUUAUGAAAGAUCUGACCACUUAUACUUUGGGUCUGUAAGUUCUGAGAGGUUUCUUUUGUAUUUUUGUAUCGUAUAUGUAAUCUUAAAUUUCUUUGAAAUAUAAUGCCGUUGGAACACCUGUUCUAGUAUCUUUAAAAGCUUUGUCAUAAACAAAUGUAUAAUGUUUUCUUGAAAAUUCCUUCAAUGUUGAAUUUGAAGGCAGCUUUAGACUAUUCUAUUGGUGGUAACUGCCAGUUAAGCUCUUAGAAUAGGUAAUCGUUUCACAGGAGCUGCCUUUUACUGUAUAUUCCUAAUACUUUUGUCCAGUUGCAUUUAUAUUUAGAAUAAGCCCCACCUAAAACAAUGAAAAUGUACAUAGAACUAUUAGUUCUUCCUUAUUUGACUUAACCAUAUCAAAUUCAUAAAUUUACCUUUAGACACUUUAAUGUAGGCAAGCUUUCCAUUUUUAUCCAUUUUAUUGUUAUGUUUAAAGUAAGAAUUCUUCCUCUUCUGAAUGUUUUCUUGACCCAAAUGAAAUGAUAGCCGAAGGUCAAGACAGGAGAGAGAAAUGACUGAGAUGAAUGUCUUUACUAAAAUACCAAUAAAUUUGUGAAACUCAGUGAAA